CGUUUUAAAAGCUGGGGUGCAUUUGCUGGCCGCGUUGUUUUGAAGCGAUGUCGAAGUCCAGCUUCCCCUUGUCGCCGAUCGAUGACUUUGACUUGGAUGAGGAGGAGCCGGUGGAGAGUGAGGGCCUCCAGAUGGUGUGCCGCAAGCUGCCGGUCCUGGAGCGACAUUCCUCCACGCAGUUCGUUCAAGCGGUAAAUACCGCGAUCAACAGGAUGGGCUCCAAGUUCGGCCUUUGCGACCUUGUGGACGAGGAGGAGGAGCCUGAUGAUGUGGGACCACAGAAGGUGGUUCACCGUGAGACCUCCAGCGCUCGCCUCCGGAGGCGAGUAGCCACCACACCCUCGCAGCUGAAUCACUUGGCGCAAAAUCCAAACCCCAAGAGGAUGAUGCGGCGGCGGAGCUUGGAUUUGGAGGCGGCCGAAGCAUGGGACCAGGCGAUUUCCAAGCGUGGACUGGGAGACAAGCUGCCCUUGAGAGGGGACUCGAAAGGCUCAGGAAGCCCUCCUGGGUCCCCCUUGGGCGGACCCACGAUGCGCGAGCUGGGUCUUCCGUUGAUCUUCCGCCGGAACAGCCACUCACUGCUGAACAUCCAGAAGAUGGGUUUGCAGCAUCAAAGCAGCAAAGAUCUGCCAAAGGAAUCCAGCCAAGUCAUCGCUGAGGACAAGCUGCAGGAGAGCAGCCAAACCCGUGCGUCCAUUUUGGACUUCGAGCAUCUCUUUGUCCAGUACUUCGUAGAGGUCACACCUCUGAAGCAGAGCAAGGAAUUUUCCGGGACACACCGGGAGUGGCUUGCGCAGCCCAAAGCCGAUGCAGUGGUGAAGGCUUGGAAAGAGGUCUUGGUGGAGGGCCUUCUGGCACGAAAGGAGCUGAUCUUGCAGCACUGGCCAGAGCUGCAGCUGAACAAAGAGUCCUUGUACAGCAAGCUCAACAAGGAGCUGUUGGUGCAGGAUGAACUGGCGGGGCCGAAGCGGCGGGUCUUGUUGACCUUGGCUCCGGAGCAGGUGUGUCACAGGUUGCUCUGGGCCUUGGGCGAUAGCAUCCCUGCGGAGCUGGGCCUCAAAGACUGCGCAGCCAGGCUUCAAGAGCGCUUCCCGCAGAGCCGCAUCCGCUGCAGCGAUAGUGUGCUAUGGCCCGGGAGCGUGAUUCGUACCUUGUUCUUCUUGGCCACUGCGUUGCUGCUCUUUGGCUUGCGUGUGGCAGCAGCUGCCACAUGGGCAGCAUACCAGGCGGAGGCGCCGCUGCCGGGGAAGAAGAAGAAAGUGGAUCUCACGGGGCCCAGCUGGGAGGAGUACUUGGAUCAACUGUCAGCGCGUUUGAUUUUAGCCUCCUCUUUGGCCUACUUUUGGCUUCUCUAUGGCAUCGCUGCCGCGUUUCCCCUUAGAUCUCUUCACAGUCCCUUCAAGCGAGAUUUGGGCUGCUUGGCGGCCUACAGCAGGACCGGCACCAUACUCUUCAGGACCUUCUAUCAGCUGCGCCCCAGUUUCCCGACGUCGCGCACCACGUGCUUCAGGGUGGUGGCGCCCAUUGCGGCGUCGGGCGUUCCUGCAGCGAUGGCCGUGCGCUUUGAUAGGUUGGGCCUUGGGCUUCUGGUCCCGGCGCAUGACCGGCCUGCAGGUUUCCACACGGCCGCCCUGGCGGGCGCCUGCACCUUGCCCUUCCUUUCAAUGGCAGCAUCAUGGAGUAUCCGUAGCUCCUUCUACUCACACCACCAGCUCUUCAUGGUGCUCCUCUUCGUCAUGCACAUGGCCUGUGCACUAGGCUUUGUCCUCUACUUUGAGAUGAUGAAGUGGGCCGUGAUGGGUGCUGCGGGAGUAGUCUUCGCCGGGUUCUAUUUGUUUGUUUGGUACCAGGCCAGUCUACUUCACAGCUCUUCAAGCGCUGCUCGCGCAGAAUUCAUGCAGCACCCCAGGUUGUCCGUCCUACUUUGCAUUGCACAAAUCUCCAGCGCUGUCGGACUGGAUAUUACAGUGACCAGUACAUCAAGGAGCAACGGCAAUUCCGUGGACUUCGUGGUGGAUGGUCAAUCUCUCCAAGUGCAGUCUGCGCGCGGGAUGAAUGUCGCAGUCAUCGAUCCGGACGGCGGCUCAUUGCAAUCCUUCCAGGUCUUCGACACCCAUGCGGCGGGGUCCGAAGCGCUGGCCGCGUUCGUGGCCGCCCAGCCCAGCGGCUCGCUGGUGCUCUUCGCCGCGCGUGAUGAUGCUCAAAGCAACAUGACGCAAGCUGCCAAGGAUGCCAUCAAGAGCUGCGGCGGAACCAUGAUCGAGAGCCUUACCUACCGGGGAUCCUAUGCCUUGAUUGGUGUAAAGGAUGGCACCUUGGAAUACUUUGGAGCAUUUGGUGAUAUGUUGGUGGAGUAUGCAGGAGUGGGCGGUGCGCUACCAAUGCCAAGGCACUGCGGUGGACGAAAAGAGCUUCGAGGACGGAGGAGACAUCGCAGUGGCUUCUGGGAGCUUUGCCCCAACGCAGAGCAAUACCAUCAAGGUGAACAGUACUUCGAGGACCGCUCGGCCGGCCAUGCGUGUUCGGCGCCAGACCCAUUCGUCGUGAAGCUUUGGACGGUGGUGAUGGACUUGGAAUCCCCCCAGAGCGCUGGUAACGAGGUGAUUUUUCACCUAGACGGCGUGGUGCAGAGCGUUGCAACAGACCGUGGAAUGAACGUGGCAGUCAUCAAAGCAGGACUCCUGGACUCCUUUCAGGUCUUCGACACCCACGCAGCAGGCUCAGAAGCUUUGGUGGCCUUCAUGGCUGCCUUGCCGAGCGGCACGGUGGUUGCAUGUGGCGUCAAGGACGAGGCCAUGUCCAACAUGAGUGCAGCAGCGAAAGAUGCAAUGAAAAGCUGUGGUGCCACUUUAAUCGAUUCGCUGAGCUACCGGGGGUCCUAUGCGCUGAUUGGCAUCAAAGAUGGGCCCGCCCUCGCAGAGCAAACCUUGCCCGACGGACAAGCGUCCGUGGUCACUGCUCAGCUUCUUGGAGAUGAUCCGUCGACGAAAAGGGAAAGACGAGGGAAGGGUCAAGUGAACCAUGUUGACAUGUUGAACAACCUUUCUUCCACUUUUGGUGCGCCAUUCCAAGCUGAUGAAGUUAUCAGGUACAACUUCAAUUCUGGUGUCACCUACGUGCCAUCGACCACGGUGACCACGACGGAGCUGACCACCACCACGGAGCUGGCCACCACCACGGCGGUGCCCAGCUGCGCCAUGCUGACCUGUCCUAGUGGAUUUGUGCUGAAGGCCAAUAUGUGGGAGAUCGAAAGCCAAAAUGAGACGGUCUGUUGCCAGCCCGCAGCGGAAGACAUGGCUGACCUCGGAGUUCGCAGCGCCGGCUUCGCCGAUGGGAACGAGGCAGUCUUCUUUGCGAAUGGCGUGGAAUUCUACCACGCUCCAGCGCGUGGCUUGACACUGGUCCUGGUACGGCCAGAUGGCACACGGAAGGACUCCCAGACCUUCGACACCAUGUUGAAUGACAAUUCCUCAGAGAAUCUGGUGGCCUUCAUUGAUAGCAUCCCCGAUGGAACCAUCGUCCUGGUGGGCGCACGGGACGAGGCCUCCAUCCACCUGUCCUUGGCGGCCAAGGAGGCGAUCAAGAGCUUGGGAGCGACCAUGACGAUCGACCAGCUCUCCUUCCGGGCGAGCUACGCCCUCGUGGGCGUGAAGAACGGCGCCAAGCUCUCCGAGUCGCUACGGAAGACCACGGAGGGCUAUGCCGUGGCGGUGGGGCAGAUGAAGGUCGUGAUCUCGGUCGAUGCCAACAAACCGCUUUGCGACACCAGCGCACCAACUCCCGCGGUGUCGGGCUAUGUGUCACAAGGAAAUCUCAAUCUAGACGCUGGUUGCCGCUACAACCUCUUCGAGGCCUCUCAUGCCACUCAAUGCAUGCAAGGAAGCUGGAUCAUGAUGACCGGCUCAUCCAAUACUCUGCUGGAGUUCGGCAACUUGAUCAACUUCUUGGCCCCAGACGAGUAUGCCAUUGACCGUGCUGGAGAGAUGAUUGGUGCUUCCGCCGUGGCAGAUGUGGUCAUCGAAGAGGGAAAGGUCACUCAUUGGGCCACUGUGAGCAAUCAGCUACCAGAGUGUCGGCAAGUGGACGCUAGCCUCGCACAGCAGAACCGCCCUGCUUGCAAGCAAGCGAUCGAGGCCUUGUUCGCUCAGGCCCCAGCCUACAGCAGCAGUGGAGUCCGCAUCACGAUGUUCAUCAGCUUCUUCUGGUAUCGCACAGAGUUGGCUUUAGAGCUCAUUGCGGAGGAUGCCCUUUGGAGUGCUGCCCGAGUGGGCGUGGUCACGCAGGUGGGCGCCUGGUACAACGUGUGCAGCGUCACCAAAGAGGAGUACUGUCCUCGAAAAGAGCUGCUGGACAUGGACCGAGAUCCAGCGAUCCAAGUCUUCAAGGAUGAGAUGGAGGUGGUCCUAGCGCAGAUGGACUCUUUUUGCACCACCGGCCGUGCCAGUCAAUUGGGCUGCUACGUCCAAACCAUCUCCUGGACCAAUGGUGUCCGCGACAACGAGAACUUCCAGGUCAUGAAUGGCUACAUCGAAGAGGCCAUGGCUGGACGACUCAGCAGUUCCUUCCGACUCGUGGACUUCUUCAAGCUGGGUGGAGCCAUGCCGGAGGAGGUGGUGCAAGGCCACGGCUCUCAGAUGUUGAACCUCUGGGUUUGGCAGGUGAUGUUCAACGCCAUGUGCCCAGCAGAACUUGCGGCCAGUGGAACCUAUGCAGUUUGGGAAGGGAACCUUUGCUCAGGGACUGAGGCACGCUUUGAGAACUGCCCCAACUACUACCCCAGCUGUUUGAAUGGGCCACGCUGUGAGAAAUGGGAAUGCAUGAACAGCGUGCCUUGCACCUUCCGUGCCACCGAUCCACCGAUGGCCGGCAACAGCGCAGGCCUUUGUGAUGAUGCCAUCAACAUCUCGUCCUUUUUGGCUGAUCAACCUGAAGCGGAGGUGCAAAUGCUGGCGGAUGGAUGCCACAACAGUCGUGGACUUCGGGUUCGCCUUUGGUGUACCCAGGACUUGGACGCCUGCCUUAAGCUAAACGAUGGUUUGCCCGUCAAAAGCCUCAUGAUCACCGUUGAGAAAUACCACGUGAAGCCUGAGCAGAAGAGCAAGGCGACCGCUGUACCGGCGCCGGCUGCAGAGCCGGAACGGCGGCAGGAUGGUGUUUCUCAGUCCCAGGGCAACGGUCCCGUCGUGCAUUUGACGUCCCGGUUUCUUCUACUGCCUUCGAACCCCGCGGUGUUGGGCACCAUCGCCGUCUACGGACGCAUACGGCUGCCGCCCCAGAGCCCCGAGGUCAUGACCUGGACUUCUCCUUGGAGGACUUCCAAGAGCGCCAAGACCGCUGCCUCACGCGCUGCCUCGCGGGCGGCGGAGGAAGACUUUGCAGACGUCUUGGACGAGAGUGCACCGGCCGUUUUGGCGCGGUCGAAGAGCCACAUCACCUUGAAGUCAGAGGCUCCAAAGUCUGAAGCUGCCGACGCCAAGAGUGUGAAGAGCGCUCGGAGCGGCGUGGGCAAUGCACCGCAGCCUUCUGAGGACGAUCUCACGAAUGAACCAGAGACUUGCAAUGCGUUCCCAGAGCCUGUGAAGCCUGUCACUCAGCCCGAGCCCGUGGCUGAGACGAGGGUGGAGGAGCCAGUGAAGCAGAUCAACAUUCGCGCCGCUGGAAACAAAUAUCCUUUGGGCCUGGCCAGGUUCAUGGGCUCCACGCAUGUGGUGGUGGGCCACUUAUUCGCGAAGGGAGUCACAUCACCGACCUACUUCUUCGGCUGGGGCUUCACCUGGGUGCCAUGGUUCUUUAUGUUGAGCGGCUUUGUGCUUUUCUCAGCCUACCUGAAGAAUCCCAAGGAGGAAACGAUGAUUCAGUACGUGUUGCGGAGGAGCACCACCAUCUACCCGCUCUACGCUUUCUCAUUGAUUCCGGCCUUCAUUUUGGGCAAAGCCUAUGGAACUAUGGCGGCGGAGUGGCCCACCUUGUUGGCUCAGAGCUUCCUUCUGCAAGCCUGGGUUCCACACUUCACAGAGAACGCGUUGCAGAUGCACUGUUGGUUCUUAAGCUGCCUAGCUGAAGCACAGCAGGGCGAGCUCCGACCACUGUGGCAAAACCUGGCUGGGAAUCACCAGUUCUACCAGACCGAUGACUUCCUGGACAUUGGAGUGAUCGUGCUGAAGUACCAUCCCAUUUGCUACUUCCAUGUCUUCAUCCUGGGAAUGCUCUUGGCCAAGCUUCGGCAGCUUUUGGAUAAGAAAGCCACCGCCUCUCCACAUGGCUGCUUCUCUUGGCGGAAUCCCUAUGUCGUGGCUUUGCAGUUCGUGGCACCACUAGGAUACUUAGCAUUGCUGCUGGUCUUCAGCGUGCAAGAGUUCCAAGCCAAGGCCUGGGGCUACAAGCUCUCGGCACGAGUCUCCGUGCUGCUGCCGUUCCAGGCCAUGAUCCUCUUUGGCUUGGCUGGGCUGCCCAGCCUGCCCCUGCCAUACUUCUCCUACAUGUUCUCCAAGAUGGACUUCCUUGAGAACUACUCCUAUUGCGUCUAUGUCUUCCAGUUCCUUUGCUAUGCGAUUUGGCCACAGACCGGUUUGGUGAACCUCUUCUGGUACAUCAUUUACACCUACGCCACUGCCUUCCUUUUGGCCCGUCUCAUUCAGCAACCGAUCCAGAAAUGGUGGGCCGCCCAUACUAAGGCCCGACUGGUGGUGCCUUUCGUUUUGGGCACCUUCCUCGUUGGCUUCAGCUUUUUGCCGGACCCCGCCUACGACAACAGCUUGCCCGACCUGCCUGCGUCGAUCAUGAUCGACAACCGCACGGUGGACGUCCGUCUGAACUUGGAGGAUCCUGAAGGACGCCUAAGAGGUGCCAUGGUGAUCAAUCCUUCAUUUCUCAUCCAGGACGGCCAAAUCCUGGUGGCCGCGCGGCGCCAUCGACGGGAGACGCUGCAGCGGAACGGCAUCUAUCAUGGACCGGAAGGCAGCGGCGAUGCGGUGAUCAUCGAUCAGAUUUGGCACUCGGAGAUCCUCCUGGGCAGCAAGGCCAUCGACGCGGAUGCCUGGAAAAAGUGGCCCACAGGAGGAUAUGUCGAUGAGCGCCUGGAGUGGAUUGAGGACACCGCAGGGCAAGGAGUGGACCGAGUGGCCUGGCUUUGUGUCGUUGAGACCUGGAUCCCCAGCAACAGCACCGUGAUCCGCCACAUCGUGACAGGUCCUGAGGAUCCGAAGCCAGUGGGUGCUUCCAGCAGCGUCACCUUGGCCUUUGAUUCCAAGCCACCUCAUGGAGGUGGGGGCUGA